UUCACUUUAUGACGUCAUUAAUUAAGUAUACAAACGCAAUAAAGUUUCUGACGUUUUCCUCUAAAAAUCUGAGACUGUUGGUGUGGUAAUGUGAAAAUCUGGCUUGAUAAUGGCUGAGAAUAAAAGCGAGGUAGAAAAACCUAAAGACGUCUCGAUAUUUGACGACGACGUGAUAGAGGUGUACGAGGUCGACGAUGGAGCUCUGCAAGAAUGCCUGAUGUUCGUGAAUAAAAUGAGUGAGACGAGCUUAGUGGAGAUCGAACACGAAAAACAAAACCUUACCAAACUUCUGGAGGACGCUCAAAAAGAAGUCAGUAAAUUAAAGUCGUCACUAAAAAAUGCUGGCUCUUGUAUCGACGGGCUCCAAGGGAAUCUUAAAACUGAGAAAGAAAAAGGGAAGGAAUUGGAGGGAAUGUUGCAAAGUGCAAACGAAAGAGUAAAAGACAUGGAGGACGAGAUCGCGCAAGAGAAAGAAGAAAUUCUAGAGUUAAAGAACAAGCAUUCAGACAGCAUCAAGCUCGCAGAAGAUACAAACCGUUUGCUCCAUGAAGUUCAACGUAAGAAUGAUUCACUGGCAAAGGAUAUGAAACGAGUCAAAGAGAAGCUAAAAGCCAAAGAAAAAGAGCUAUCAGCUAUGGCCGAGAAAAUGUCAUACGAUCAGAUAAAUUCUUUUAACUUGGCGGCGAAUUGUGACGAGAAAUUGAUGAAACUUGAGCGCGAGAUACGCGAAAAGACAGCGAGGAUUACAGAGCUAGAGGAGGAUUCUAGAAUUGAGAUGGAACAGCUUCAAGAGAAAUUGAAUCAGGAGAGAAGCGCCAAAGAAUCACUUGCAGCAGAAGCGGAUAGUUGCAUGGCCACAAUGGGAGACAAAGUGACCGCCCUUGAAGCAGAGAUCCAAGAAGCGAAUAAGCAGAAACGCUCCGCAGUCGCAAAGCUUGAAUCAGCAGAGAGUGAAAUAAAUACAUUGAAGGAGCAGUUGGAAAAAGAAUGCCUGAACAGCGAGACGGAACAAAAGAGAAACGAGAAAUCUGUUGAUGAAUUGAAAAAGAAACUUCACACCGAAUCACUGAGAAAUACAGUCCUUCAGAAAGAACAAGUUGGUUUGGACGAGCAGAUUAAAAAUGCUGAGCGUGAAAAGGCGACCCUCGAGAGGAAAAUUGACAAAUUGGAAGCAAGCCUGGUGGCGAUGCAGAAAGAAUUCGGCGCAACACAGGCCUCCCAACAGUCCCAGACCGAAGACGAUAGUUCCCAGUCCUGGGCGAGCUCCGUUGAUGCAGAAGAGACAGCAAGAAAGGUCGGCGAGCUCGAGGAAGAAAACAACACACUGCGCAGACAGUUCACGCAGCUAAGAAAACACCGAAACGAGGUUCUGCGGCAGAACAACGAACUGAAACACCAGGCUCAGAUGGCGCUAGUCCAGCUGGCCUCCGCCAACCGAAGAUUCAGCAAACACAUGGAGCAGCUCCGAGGCCAGCUCACCAUGGCCGAGAAUGUUUACCAGGAAAAGGUCUAUGAGUGCAAUAUGAUGGAGAUGCAGAUUCACCAAUUGAUGCAGCAACUCAAUUCGGCCAAAAAGACCAUGCAAUAAAACCACUUUAGUGUCUGUUAGAACUUAAGAUUUCUCUCUCGCUUGUCUCUUUUAAAAGAUACUCAUACAUGUUGAAUAAAAAUUUACUACUUCCUUCCUUAGAUUUUGGGAUUGACAUUUAAACAAAAAAUAUUUGCACUUUUUAUAAUUGUUAUAAGAUUUUAUAUGAAAAAUUGAAAGAUGCUUGAACAACGUUUUAUCCAAAUCAUACUGCUUUUUUAUCAAUGUCAAAGAAAUUCUUUAUCAUAAUAUCAUUGCUUAAUAAAUAUACCACGAUCUCUAUUUGAA